AUGCAUAUCUGUCCAUCAGUGGCUAGAGGUAAAACGGACGAAUAGUUGCAUUCUGGAUAGGAUUACUUUAUAGUGAUACCUAAAACAUUCGCAGUGAACAUUUGAGGACGUUCUGAACAUAAACAAUGGGUCAUUCCGCAGAAAAAGAAGCGCGGAAAAGGGCAAAGAAAGAAAAGAAGCGGCAACAAAAAUUAAACAGAGUUGAUCCACGAGAGGCGUUUAAACAUUUUUUCGAAGUAUUAACAAUAUGCAUAACUAAACAUCCGUGGAAAGUAGCAAUAAUAGCGUUCCUUUUCAAUGGCUUGCUUGGACUAGGAAUGUUAAAUCUCCCUGCCAGCAAAUUGCUGAAUAAUGACAUAGAAGACCUUUAUGUUCCAAAGGGAGGACCCACAGAGAGAACCGCCAAUGAACUUUUAAAACUAUUUCCGGACAAGAGCGGGUACGAUUUUUAUCCCCACCAGAACGUGAAACAGCCGCUAUUUGGUGAAGUCAUGAUUUGGAGGCAUAAUAUACAUAAUCUCAUUAACGGCACUCUAUAUGACGAAAUAAAACAUAUUGUUGAGUUUGUCAAAAAUAUCUCUACAUUUACCACAAACGGUGGAUAUGCAAAGUACCCGGAUGUUUGUGCGCGUAGGAAUGGUGAAUGUGUGGUUCAAGGCGAGGAAAUCGUAGAUCAAAUAGAAAACAAUUCCGAUGGAAGUAUACCUCUUAGUAAUUUGAUUAACCGAGACGGUGACAAUUAUGAAACUUCUCUUUCUAAUUUAGCAGACUAUACAAUUGAAAAUGAAACGCUCACGAGUGCUAAGUAUCUGAAAAUCCGGUUUCAUCUUCGUCAAGACUCUGAAACUAUGCUCAAAGAUUCGAAACUUUGGAGAGACCAUUUUGUAACCUAUAUGAAAAAGUACAUUAGCAAACAGUAUCCGAAAAGCCUUCAUCUAACAUUCUCGCAUUCUGGAGCUUUCUACGAGGAACUAGGCAACGACACGUUCAUGGACAUUCCUUAUUUCUCAUUUGUUUUCACUGUCUUUCUCACCUAUCUCGGUAUUGUCAUGGCCGGGGGUAACAUCAUCUCAAAACGAGUACAUAUAGGACGAAUAGGAAUCAUCGUGACCCCAGUGAGCGUGCUUGGUGCAUGGGGACUUCUUAUGGGUUGUGGUGUAGAGUUUACCAACACAAUCGGGGUCAUACCGCUUUUCAUUCAGUGUCAUCAAAUUAUCAACGCUUUAAUAACGUUGUCAAAUCUGUCAGACGUUAACGACGUUAAAGACGCACAUCAACGUGUUGCAUAUGCUGUCAAAAACUCCGCCACGUCUAUCACUCUAACAACGCUGUGUCACGUGAUCCCGUUUGCUAUUGGAAUAGCGUCAAAUUAUUACGUCACAAAACUUGUCUGCAUAUAUUUUGUUGUGACGAUGCUGUUUAACUACUUCAACCAUUUUGUAUUUUUCACGGCAUGCCUAGCUUUACAUGAACACCGUAUAGACGCAGAGCUUCAUUUCUGUUGUUGGACCAAAUUGACACCGCGUGAACAGCUCGUGGACGAGGGAAGGAACUGCUGUGUAAUCUGCUGCUGUUCCGGUAAACGCCCUGAAACGCGAGAAGACACGGAAAGUGGACCGGAACGUUAUUCACGAAUUCUGAUGUCUAGAUUUUUCCUCACAACCCCUAUGAAAGUGUUUAGCAUAUUAUCAUUUUUAGUAUAUUUAGUAUUUGUUAUAUGGGGCCUUACAUUGUACGAUAUAGAUUCUGUCCAAAUCAGUAAAGUUUUGCCAAGGUCCUAUUUCUCUAACUGGAACACAUACUGGACACGAGAAUUUAAAAACGAAACAAUCAUUCAGUUUGUAGCAAUCCAUCCCCAUGGUUACACUCAAAAUCGAACUAUCGUCAGAGACUUUGAAAAGCUUAUCAAAACUAAAUCCUACAUGAAAUCCGAUUCUUUUCACAGUUGGUUCGAAACUUAUUCAUCCACCGAAUAUAAAAAUCUUACAACCGAAAAAGCUUUUCUCUCUUCCGUAGAAAAGAAAUUUAUUCCGAAUAAUCACGUGUUUAAAUACGAUCUCGUUGUUGACGAGAUUCGGCCACGUGUGAUCGCGUCACGAUUCUAUAUGAAAACGAAUCAUGUUCCAUCUACUAAAGCUAUGAUUCAGAUUAAGAAAGACUUGAAGAAAAUGAUUAAAGAUAUGAAUGAGUAUGCCGAAGACGUUGAUGAAAUGAAUGAAGAUAAUGGUGUCGUGAGCGAUUCCCCAUUUACAUGGCAAGUAGAAGAUGGUAAAUAUUUCUUUGCCCACUCUCCAGAUUUUCUUGCCACUGACUGGUAUAUGCUUCCUCUAUGGGAAAUUCUGAAGAUAGCUGCCAUACAAUUUGCUCUCCUUUUCUGUCUGUCACUCAUUUUAAACCCAAGUUUAGGAAUGGCCAUUCAACUUCCGUUUUGCUAUUUCUCAAUGGUUGGGGGUAUAUUUGGAAUAUCACACUUUUUCGGAGUCUAUCUACCCCGGUGCCCAUGAUUGUGUAUAUGAUCGGAUGCUGCUAUAGCACCGAAGUUAUUGCUCACACUUAUUACCAUUUCAUGAAAGCAGAGGGCAUAAAUCGAGCCACGCGCAUGAAUACUGUACUUAGUACUAUUUCUCAGGCGAUUUUCCACACUAUAUUUGGUCAGUUCUUAGGUCUUCUUGUCCUUAUAGUGGACGAAUCGUACGUGUUUGUUACUGUAUUCCAGUUAACAAUUAUCACGACUGGUUCCUGUGUUCUACACGCUGUACUAUGGUUACCCACUAUGCUAGCAUUGAUAGGUCCAGGGGAAGACAAAAUACCCGAAGAGUCUCUCGAUAUUUAUAAAGUUGAACUGUCAACAAUAUCUACCGGGGAGCCAUCCAGAAAUCACCAAUCUCGGUCUGGGGUUACAAACCGUGCUUUCACAAGAGAUAGUUAAAUAUAUCAAUUUUUGGCGUUGUUUAUCUGUAUAUUCAUAAUUGAGCCGCGUCAUGACAAAACCAACAUAAUGGGUUUGCGACCACCAUGGAUCCAGACCAGCCUGCGCAUCCGCACAGUCUGAUCAGGAUCCAUGCUGUUCGCUGUCAGUUUCUCUACAUGUUAUAGAUUGUAAGCGAACAGCAUUGAUCGUGAUCAGACUGCGCGGAGACGCAGGCUGGUCUGGAUCCAUGCUGGUCGCAAAUGCACUAUGUUGAUUUUGUCGUGACGCGGCUCAAUUAUUUUAUCACUAUUAUUAUUCGGGAGCUGAUACUUGACAGGUUUUACUUCAUCGUGAGAGUUCCUUUUUUGACCUUUAAUCAAUAACUUUGAACUAUUUGCCUUUUAUCUCUAUAGGUUUAUUCCAAAUUAUACAUGAGUUUUCUCAUCCGGGCUUUGCAAAAAUGUAAAAUUUGCAUUAUCUUCUUUAUUUUAAAAUACGGAAGCCGCUAUUUCCUUCAAACUGUAUUCGGCAGAUAUAUAUAUGAAUACAUAACAGUACUUGUGUUUCUUUAAAGUGCUAAUUUAUAGGAAAUGUAAUGUGCUUUAAACACUUAUCAUGUAAAUAUGUACAUAAAAUAUACAUGUAUAUAAUAAUAUGCUCAUGUUCAAUAGUUUUAUACAUUUUAGAAAUAAAUUGAUACAC